AUGCACUUCUACAAUCCCAACAACCCUUACCCUUCUUGCAGAGAAGCAGAAGCAACACUCUACAGCUUUCCAGAGCCAUCCUUGUACAAGACCGAUGAAAGGGAUUGUGUGACAUGCCAUGAGAUUGAGGAUAUCACUGAUAUCACGGACAUGGACAUGGAUGCUAGUCCUGCUUCUAGUGAGAUGGAAGUGGCUAGUGAUAGUGAUAAUGAUAGUGACGAGAGUGACGAUGGUGGUGACAUUCCCUUCCAUACUCCCCACAACUACAUCACCCCCCAACAGCUUCAGAAGCAGAAGCAGAAGCAGGAUCGAAAGAGAAACAUGUCCAUUCCCACAAAUCUCAGCUCAAACUCUAUCCCAGGCCCAACCACCAGUUCCGCGAACAGUCAUACACCGCGCGUAAUCAAACCACGAGGCUUCUUCAGGAGAGAAGCGCUGUCGGCGCCCGUCAUGCGGCUGAGGGAGAAGUGGAAGGAGAAUGUUGGUGUCAUGGCUGAGACAGCACUGUGGUCUGGGCAUGGAGACCAAUUUGGGUAUGGAUUUGGAGGUAGAUUCGGGUUUGGAGAUGUGAUUCAGACUGGGAUUGGCUUUGGGAUUGGAUCUGUUGGCGCUGGAGAAGGACGAGGGCCAGGGGCCAGGAGGUUUUAUCGGGGGGGGAGGGGGGAGAUAGGGUUAGGACAUGGGUUGUCUGAUUGGGUUCCUUAUUAA